AUGCAAUUUCCACGGUAUAACCCAGGCCGAAGAUCUGCUAAUCAGGGGAAGGGACUAUUUUUCCUUCUUGCAUCUAUUAUCGUUUUACUGAUACCCUGUCAUGCAGUACUUGUGCCUUGGCUAGAUAGUGACCCUUUUGAAGAAGCGUUCGUAGAAAUGAAAGAUGGUCCAUGGGGUACGGACAUAGUUUCAAACAUGCUUCCAUUACAUCCCUCUGAAGUUACUGAGGAUAAUAAAAGUUUAAAAUAUAAAGGCAGUGUACCGCAAUAUGUUAUUGAUAAUAGCCCUCUGCUCCAUUUGUAUAGUGAAGAAAAAUAUUGGCCCGCUGAUGUUAAGGAUUUUGUAAAGAGAUUUCAGUUGCGAGAUCACAGUGGGGAACAUAUUAUUAAGGAAAGCCUUCGUGAUUUAAGUGAUUUGCGGGAGCAUUAUCUUGUAGAAUUAGAGAAUUCGACGUGGGUCCGCAUAUCUAGUGAAGAUUCAUAUAUGACAAGUUUGGACGAUUUUGAUAAAGACCCAGACUGGCUGUUGGGUGAACAACCAGAAUAUGGUACGGGCCAUAUCAAGAAGGCACCAGCGGUUCUUUUUGUUGUUGAUAAGGGGAAUGGUUGGGUAGAUGCAUUCUGGUUUUAUUUCUAUCCAUUUAAUUGGGGGCCGUACAUUAUGGGUUCUGGACCAUGGGGAAAUCAUGUAGGAGACUGGGAACAUUCUUUAGUACGAUUCUAUAAAGGGGAACCGCAAUUUCUUUGGAUGAGUGCCCAUGGAGGCGGUACUGCUUAUAAGUUCGAAGCCAUUGAGAAAAUCAAAAGGCUUCGCCGUAUAGAUGGGAAAUUGACAAAUGAAGUCAUCAAGAAGCCUUUGAUUUUCAGCGCAAGAGGAACGCAUGCACAUUAUGCAUCUGUCGGUCAGCACUCGCAUGAUGUUCCAUUCUUCUUUAUGCCAUUGAGUGAUUUUACUGAUAGAGGUCCAUUAUGGGAUCCUUCUUUAAAUUUUUAUGCCUAUACCAUCACUGUUGGGGAAACAAUGACACCAUGUGGUGCUGAAGAAGCUAAAAUGGGACUAGAUUGGCUGUCAUUCAAGGGCGCUUGGGGUGAUAAACAAUUAAAAUCAUGGGACCCAAGGCAAAAAUGGUGCCCUUUUCAAUGGAAAUAUAUUGAUGGGCCAAGAGGCCCACUAUUCAAGAACAUGGCAAGAGUUUCUCUCUGCCAAAGAUUUAAAUGGUGGAAUUUUUGGAAGGGAUGUCCCGCAAGAAGGUAUAUAAAAAAAGGCGAAGGUUUAGAUGCGGAGAAGAAUGAUCUCGUGGGUGACAAUUGUGGUAUUUUGCUAUACAACAUAAGGCCAAAAUGGCUGCGUAGCAUACUCCGCUUUUUCACAUGGAGAGGAAGCUUAUGCUUCAUCAUGGAUUAUUUUACAGGGUGA